AUGGCAGCGGCCGCGGCCGCGGCGACUUCGCCUCUCCGGCGGGUGGUGGAGCUCGACGAGGCCUGGUCUCUGCGGAUACACGAGGCCUGCCAGGUAGUCCCCCGGCGACUCCUCAAGGCGCUGGAGAUAUCUGGAGAUGGCCGGAUCUGGAUCCCCAUCCCCAUCGCCCUCCUCCUCGCUUCCCCGUCCCCGGAGCUCUACUGCGUCGCCAUGGGCCUCCUCGCAGGUUUCUUGCUCGAUCUCCUCUUCGUCGGCCUUCUCAAGCACCUCGUCCGCCGAUCCCGACCCCUGUACAACAAGGGGAUGUACCUUACAUUCGCCGUCGAUCACUGGUCUUUCCCCAGCGGCCACUCCUCCCGGGUAUUCUUCAUCUCCACCUUCCUGUACCUAGUCCGCGGCUCUCUCCGGGAAGCCGCCGCCGGUGUAGUGGGACCUUCUCCAUGGCCGCGGUGGCGGACUGUCCUCGAGGAUCGUGGUCUCGAGCUAGGUCAUCUCUUUCUGCCGUCGGUCUUCCUUUGGUCGGUUGUGACGUCGGCCUCUAGGAUCCUGCUCGGUAGACACUUCGUCGUCGACGUGAUCGCCGGGGGAUGUCUAGGUCUACUCGAAGCGGCGGUCGUGUUCCUCUUCUUGCUGCAUCCGACAUUUUUCACCAAGUUCUUGCUGGAUCGAUGA